AUGGACUCUAAGAGAACGAUCGCUGUCUCUGGAGACGGCGCCCAGGAGGAGGAUUCAAUUGGUCAAAUGGACCAUGGAGUCCGCGCCUGGACGGUGGUCAUUGGAGCAUGGUGCUGUCUGUUCUGUGGCUUUGGCUGGGUGAAUGCCAUUGGAAUAUUUCAAGAGUAUUACCAGAACAACCAAUUACAGUCUUACUCGUCGUCUAGCAUCUCAUGGAUUCUAUCCUUGGAACCAUUCGUGCUCUUUGCGGCAGGACUCGUGAUUGGAAGAGUCUUCGAUAAUUAUGGGCCCAAGUGGCUCCUCCUGAUUGGAACAUUUCUUCACGUUUUCGGUCUUAUGAUGACUUCUAUAUCGAAAGAGUACUACCAAUUUUUCCUAGCUCAGGGCAUUUGUAGCCCCCUUGGUGCAAGCUUUGUUUUCUCGUCGGCGCUCUCGUGUACCGCAACCUGGUUUGACAAACGUCGUGCUCUGGCGUUUGGUGUGGUAUCUAGUGGCUCCUCACUGGGUGGAAUCGUAUUCUCAAUUAUAUUGUCUCGACUUUUGCCUAGCAUUGGCUUCGGAUGGACUGUGCGCAUUGCUGGCUUCAUUGUUCUGACAUUACUGGUCAUUGCCAACUUGACCGUUCGAUCGAGGAUUGCACCUGUUCCGCGGCCUGUCAAGUUCAGCGACUAUACAAGUCCCUUCUCGGAGGUGCCAUUCGUCUUACUCAUGCUGGCAUCUUGCUGUGGAUUUUUUGCGAUGUUUGUGCCAAUCAACUAUAUUGUUCUUGAAGCCCAGGAAGACGGAGUCAAUCGUGAUCUCGCUGGGUACUUACUAACUAUACUAAACGCUGCCAGUCUUCCUGGUCGAAUCCUCCCCGGGCUACCUCGGUGA